CUACACGGAAGUUCCGCUAAGGACAAGUCAGCACCGGAAAAGGCGGAGUCAGAGUUUUGAGGCGCUUGCCUUUCGUUAAUUCAACAUGGCGGCGGGACCAAUUUCAGAAAGGAAUCAAGAUGCCACUGUGUAUGUGGGUGGCCUCGAUGAGAAGGUGUCAGAGCCCCUGCUAUGGGAGCUCUUCCUGCAGGCCGGACCUGUGGUCAACACACACAUGCCAAAAGACAGAGUCACGGGACAACAUCAAGGCUACGGCUUUGUGGAGUUCCUCAGCGAGGAAGACGCCGACUACGCCAUAAAGAUCAUGAACAUGAUCAAACUCUAUGGCAAGCCCAUCCGGGUCAACAAGGCGUCGGCGCACAACAAGAACCUGGACGUGGGCGCCAACAUCUUCAUCGGCAACCUGGACCCGGAGAUCGACGAGAAGCUGCUCUACGACACGUUCAGUGCCUUCGGCGUCAUCCUGCAGACGCCCAAGAUCAUGCGGGACCCGGACACGGGGAACUCCAAGGGCUACGCCUUCAUCAACUUCGCCAGCUUCGACGCGUCGGACGCCGCCAUCGAGGCCAUGAACGGCCAGUACCUGUGCAACCGGCCCAUCACAGUGUCCUACGCCUUCAAGAAGGACUCCAAGGGCGAGCGCCACGGCUCGGCCGCCGAGCGCCUGCUCGCCGCCCAGAACCCGCUCUCGCAGGCCGACCGGCCCCAUCAGCUGUUCGCCGACGCCCCGCCCCCUGCCUCGGCGCCUACCCCGGUGCUCACGUCGAUGGGCGCCACCAUGUCCAUGCAAGGCAUGCCACCUCCCGGUGCCUUUCCGCCCGUUCCUCCCCCAGGUUCGAUGCCUCCAGGCAUGCCCCACGGCAUGCAAAUGCCCCCCAACGCAGGCUCCCAGGGACAGCAGGGUGGGGGCUCUGGGCCUCCGCCCGGCCCGCCCCCCUUCCCACCGGCGGGAAUGCACCACGGUAUGCAGAUGCAGAUGCCGCCUCACGCGCCCCUUGGGAUGGUGCCACCUCCGCCCCACCCUCCCGGAGCGAACCAGCACCGGGCACCACCCCCUCCCGGCAUGCCCCCCCACCCACACAUGGGCAUGCCCCCCCGAGGAUACCAUCCCAUGGGCCACCCGAUGCACCCGGGGAUGAGGGGACCCCCUCCGCCAAUGCCCCCGCCCGGCUACGGUGGCCCUCGGCCCCCGCACUUUGGCUUCCAGCGGGGGCCGCCCAUGCCCCCCCGGCCCCCCGGUGGGCCCCCACGCGUUCCUAUGAGGGGUCCAAUGCCGUCCUAGUCUCCUGCUAGACGUGGCAGUUGGGAGUCGUUCAUUUAGUAGUUAUAUUUUUUUCCUAUGUUUUUUUUUUUUAAACAACCUUUGGAUCAUUUCUGGUUUAUAAUUGUUAAAAGUAAUUUAACCGCCGCCGUGUAUUUUUUGUUGUCACUGUACAGAUGCCGGACCUUUGAGCAAUAAAGGUUUUAAUACAA